AUGUCUGAUAAAUCAUAUUUAAUACAUCCACAACCAUCCCUUACUACAACUCCUCCAACUUCAAAUAGUUCCAUUCAUAACAACCCAUCCGGUACUACCAAUCAGUUUGCCCCACCACCACCUCCUCCUCCUCCUCCUUAUUCCAAAGCAGCACCAACCACUUCAACAAACACCCUGGAGAUCAACAUAUCACCAAACACCUCGUCGAAUAUGUCGCCACCAAGACUUCAAGAACAACGAUCAUUUCAACAAUUGGCCCACUACCAACAAUUGCAUGAUUUACAAUUGCAACAGCAACAACAGCAACGUCCGCAACACCAUGAUCAGAGAGAUGUAUCAGCAGCCGAGGCUUUGACUCAGCUAACCAGAACAAACUCACCUUCACUGGAUGUCGACACUAUAAUCACCACGGAAAUGGACUCGGCCUCGGUCAUGUCGGAAGAACACGAAUUGCCCUUGCCUCCACAUAGACACCCUUUGGUGUCCACCGUGUCCAUGGUGGCCAAGCACCCUAUUGUUGUGAACGCUAUCAACUACUAUGAAACUUCAAAGAGAAACUAUCCCUCAUUUAGUUAUGCUGCCGGUAUCGUUGAAGCAGCAACAAUCCCCGUUGUUACCAAGAUUGAAGACAACUUAAACACUAGACACCAGAUCCAGUCAAGAAUCUCGUCGAAUGCGUCAAACCCACCGUCUGCUGCCACUUCGGUCAACAUCACCCCCGUGGUGUCGUUUGACAAUAAACAAAAAAAGAGAAGAUUUUCCACUGCUAGUCAAACUUCCAACACGUCCAUCACUUCGUAUGAUGUCAAAAAGAGGUUACAGUUUUGCAUCCACAUUUUGAGAGCUGCCAAUGCCAAUAUCAAUUCCAAGAUUAAUUUCCUCCAAACCAAAAUUGACGAAACCGAGGAGGCUGUUCGAGAAGAACGGGUCAAGUUGGAGAUUCAAAGAUCUCACGAAAGCCAGCAAGUGCCUCCUUUGCAAUCGCCUACUGAUGAAGCGACUCAAAAGACCAAGUCGGAGAUUGUCACCACGGUGAGAAAAAUCAUCCACUUGAUUUCCAAUUUCCGUCCAAGCACAUUGAACCAAGUUGCUCCCGUUAGUGACGCUGAUGGAAAUGCCUUGUCGCCCACCUCAUCGCAUAAGCUGGCUACGAUUCAAGAAUAUGAAUUGAAAAACACCAUCCGCGAUAUAAUAUUGCACUUGCCGGCAUCUUUGCAACGAUCAGACGCCUCGGCCAAUGGCAACGAUCGAGUAUUUGUGUUUGCCAAGGAGAGUUUGGAUAUGAUCACCAAGCUCACCAAUGUUUUCAGCGAGCAUUUGGUCAAGAUUGAAUCGUGGGUCACUGGUGAAGAAGAACAAGCACUUUUCCAACAGCAAGCACAACAGCAACAACAACAACAACAGCAACAGCUGGUGGGUUUAAAUGAAAAGGAAGACGUGGAAGUGAGAGAGGAAAAGAGCGAUGACUCUGUAAGCACAAGGUGUUCAAGUGAAGAGCCCGAUGCAUUGACUUCAGCCACCAAGAGAAUGAGAAUCGAUGAACUUGUGACAUGA